AUGGCAGAUAUUGCACGGGAAUAUUUAGAAAAUUCAUUGGAAAAUGAAUAUAUUUUAAACACGAACCAAGAAAGCAAUAGAAAUGAAAUAGAAACUCAUGAUAAGGUUCAAGAAUCGGAGAGCAAUAUGACACAUUCCUCGUCGUACGUGCUAGCCCGAAAUGACAGCCAACUCAGUGGUGAUGUGGAUCGCUGGAUAGGAGACUCUCCUACUGAAGUACCCUUACGUGGUAUCAGGGCUUCUGGUGUCCAGAGAUCAGCAUUAAUAUCUACACAAAACUCGCUCCUGAGUAACAGUUUCUGGUAUUUGGCUGCGCUGGUCCUCCCAUUAUUCAGUACUAAUUCUUUCUCCCAGUGGCAGUGUUCACCAAAUGCGAUUUAUAAUUCAGUUGGCCUACUAGUAGCGCAAUUGGGACGACUUUGCAGCCACAUUCGAUGUCAGUUGCGUCAUAUGUCCGAGAACACCCAUGCCAGGGAUCUUUUUGCAACCGCAAUGGAUAUUAUAUUAGUCGUUUAUGCUGUGGGUUUUCUUAUUCUAUCCAUGUACCAGGCUUCAUUAAUUGGAUAA